GCAUGAGGCAUGAUCGAAAACAGUCCGCAACGGUCGAUCCCAUUCCCAGCCUCGCAGCUCCGAAAUCGGUCACUUUUUCCCGCCCAUUCCCACCCCCGAGAUCUCCAAAGCCCGACCGCAAAAUUUCCCCAACCGGGCUUCUUCGGUCAUCCACCUAGACGGCAAUGGAGGCCGCCGCUGCCGACCUCAUCGCCGCCCUCUCGUCCCCAUCCUCAUUCGCUGGCCUCUACUCUCGCUUCGCCGCCUACCUACAGCCCUUCACCCCCUACCUGCACAGCUCAAACCCUAACACCAAGCCACCGCAGAAGAGGGCGACGAAGCAGAACAAGCAGCCGCCGCCUCCCGACGCGGCCACCCUCCGCCCCCUUGCGAAGCGAUUCCUGCCGUUUCUCGGUCGCGCGCUCCACCUCCUCCCGCCGCUCGUCCGCGCUUGUCCUGUUUCGGGCGAUAAGGGCGGCGAAGCCGCCGACGAACUGCUUGAGAUCUACGGCCUCCUCUUGGACUGCCUAGAGGCCAUAUCACCCUGCCUUGCGGGGAAACCCUACUCCGUGUUGCUCCAACGCGGCCGCUUCAUCUGUUGCCUCGAGUCGCGCGGUCACUUCGCACGCGCCAGUGCGGAGGCUGCCGCUACCCUCGACGCCCUCCGCUCCGCGCUCUCUCCACCCACCACGAGCACCAAGUCGCGACGUGGUGCUGCAGGCGUUGAUCCCGUCCUCCUUCCGGACCCCGGCAGCGCUGGGGAGGCUGGCACGGAUCCUGAAGUCACCCUCCUUGCGGUUGAGCUCACUGUUUGCCUUGCUAAUUGUUCCAGCAAGGGCAAGGUGAAGGAACCUACCCCUUAUGAACGACUCAUCAGCCUUUUCAAACAGCUAAAACCAUGGCUUCGUAUUCUUACUAAUGAAGUCAGCAGGAAGUAUCUCCCGUUGCUUAUGAAUGCCAUGAGCCGGUGUACCCUUUUUCUGGUUUCUGAGUCUUCCCUUUUCAAUACUGAUCUAGUGCAUGGAUUCUGUCGUUACACGAUGCAAGAGUGUGUGGGGGAGGGGAUGAUUGAGCUUUUGCCAGCAAUUGCUCGCAAGAUUUGCUCUUCUGUAGAUUUGACUUGGGGAGGGAGCACACAGCUUUUGCUCCAUGUGCUAAAAACUGUCACUGAUUCUGUUGUACGUUUAAAGGAUGAUUUACCAAAAUCUGUAAAUGAGCUUCUGGUAUUUGUGGCGUAUUUUUGCCGGUUCAUUCUUUCUGCCAAUAGGGAUUUAUCUGUUGGCGCUUCAGAACUACUUUAUAAACAAGGUGGUUAUUUCUCUGAGGUUUCCUCUCCUACUGCCUCAAUGCUUCUUCUUUAUGCGACUGGGUUAUACUUGAGUGCCCAGCAAGCAGAAAGUGAAAUACCACCCUAUUUAUCGGUGGGUAUUCCCAAGGAUCAAAAGUAUCUACAUGCCUUAGAGAAGGGUCUUGGCACAUUAGCACGAUGCCCACAUGAUAAUACAUCUUUGGUCACAUACUUGGACUCUUUGGAGUUUAUUAGCAAGAUAUUAUCACAGCAAGUGAAUACACUUUGGAAGGACUUCUCUGAAGGAAAACCAACCCAUUAUUCUGGUAACAUGGACUAUGUCUUGACAGCACUGCAUCAGUUCAUUGAUUCGAGCUUCACGUCUUUUAGCUGUAGGCAAAUGUCUCAAGGGGACAACGAGAGACAGCAUGAACAACAUGGAACCUUACUGACAGUCCUUGUUUCCGCGAUCAAGUUUUCCUUUCUUACCAAGAAAGAUAUCCAGAAGAGCUUGGGUUUCAUCGUCUGUGCCAUUUCAAGUAAAUGGUUUACACUUGAGGAGCUCAAAUUCUUGAUACCUUCACUUGGCAACAUCGGAGUGACACUUCAUAACACUGGACAUGUUAAAGAGGCACCAAAGGCUUUAGAACUGUGCUGCCAAACAAUAUGGGCACACAUCAGCCUUUUUUACUAUAGACUAUCUUCAAGAACAAAAGGAAACGACAUUAUGACAGAUCUGUCGAUGGAUACACUGAAGGAUAUGGAUAUCAUUUUGGAUGCAUUUUCAAGAAUUGCAAAGAUGGUUGAUGCUCUCUGUAGAUGUGGCACAGAGAUAGAAACACCACUUGUGAUUGUUGCGAAGAGUUUGUCUAUAAUGUUGCCUGAUGGCGACAAUUCUGAAUAUAACAAAUGUUCUUUUAUACUGAUCAAGGCAUGGGUUAAGGCAGUACACAAGGAUUUUAGGGAUACUAAGGUGGAUGAUGCUCCACUUCUCUAUCCCUUUCUUCUGAAAUAUCGGUCUCCAUGGCCAAUUAAGCUGAUAGGCUUAAUAGUAGAGCAGGAGUUAUUAGCAUAUGGAUUAACUGAAGCCCGAAGCAUAGAAUUCUGCUCUAAAAUGCAGAUAAGGAUCAUAGAUGUUCUGCUUCAUAAAAUUUACUGUACGAAAGAACAUUUUUUGGAGAGAUCAAGGGUUCUUAUUAGAAAGGCAGGUGCACUUCGUGCAUCUGGAGUGGAAAACAUAAAAAACUGCCUUGAGUCUCUACGUGAUGCCAUAUCUUUACUGCAAAAGAUCUCACAUGAUUCAACUCGUACCAACACUACUGCAAACAAUCAGUUGGCCAUUGCGUACUGUUUGUAUGCGCAGUGUGCUCAGGAAGACAAACUUGGUGGGGAGGUAAUAUUUGAUAGCGCUGAGAAAGCACUUAACUUGUGGUUGGACAUGGAGGCUUUUGACCAUUCUUCUUCUGAUAUGGUCUUGCAACAGCCAUCAAAAACUAUUGUACCACUUAUUUGUUUCCUGGUUGAUUUGUUGUCUAUGAAGGGCUGUUUUGAGCUUCAGUUUAAGUUGUGCAAGGUUAUGAUAAUGAUAUGGAAGCAAGAAAAAUUACCCAUUGAGAAGUUGUUGUCCUUGCUGUUCACCAGUGGGCGCCUUAGUCAUGCAUGCUGUUAUCUCCCACUGGAUGAGCGAUUUCUUUCUAUUGCCAAAGAGCAUCUUGGUGUAUGUUGCCAUGAUAUUGAAUUUUGGAUAAACUGUUUCAAAGGAGACCAUCCUUCUCUCUGUAUGUUUCUUCAGAGAACGCUGCCUAGUGCCUUAUUUAUUCCUCAAUCAUGUAAGCAUCCCUUUGGAAGGCAGUUCAGUUUCGUCACGAGUGUUGAUGAAGUCAGCAAAGUUGCCUCAUCUCUGGUAUCUGGAGAUACUUCAAAUGAGCAAUCUACCUUUCUAGCUGGAUGUUUAUACUAUGACUUGUCAGAAAAAGUUUUUUCACGCGGACAACUUUUCCAGGCCUUUUCAUAUGGAAACAAAGCCCUCCAUUUGCGCAAAAAGCUCCUAAAAAAGAAGUUCAAAAUCAAUUCGGGCAUAUCUGGAAAUAUGGAAAGACAACACUGUGGGCAGGACAUCUCUCUUGAAGUGUGUGGCCCUACAAUAGUUGAGAUUUGGCCAAAUUCCAGCAGUUCAGUCAACACUAAAGAUUUUUUCCUUACCCCAUGGAAUGUCCUUAGGUGCUAUCUUGAGAGCACUUUACAGGUUGCUAUGAUGCACGAAUUGAUUGGCAAUGGUGCUGAAGCUGAAGUUCUCUUACAGACAGGAAAAGAGAUAUCAAAUUUCCAUGGUUUAUCAGUUUUCUGUAUUGUAUUUACAUCAUUUCUAGGUCAACUAUAUUGUAAGCGGCAGCUAUGGGAUGAAGCGGAGAGUGAGCUUAAUUAUGCCCGAGAUCUUGUGAAAAAUGAUGCAACAAUUUCAUGUAAGCUCUGCAGUCUGACUUUGGGGAUAUCUGUUGACAUGCAAGUUGGUGAUCUGUCUUGGAGUCUGUUUGAAAAAAAAAUUCAUAAACAGAUUACAGCUGGUUUGUCUAACACUUUAGGCAUGUACCAAUCUGCAAUAGACAAAUUGAAUAGCACUAACUUGGAAUAUUGUAACGGGUCCUUUGAUAGACAUACAACUGGUUAUCUUGUGUGCAGCAAAGACUGUAUACCGAGCAAGUAUGAAGCUUGUAAUUUGGGGGCAGAACCCCUAACUUCAAAUGAUGGAUUGUUAUCUCCAUGUAGUGUUUGCAUGGUAAUACAAGUUCGAAGGAAAAACUCAGGGAAUGCUGAAGCUGGUCCACCUUUAGAUGCAAAAGCAAGGAGGUCAUCAAGAAAUUCAUCACGUUUAGCUAAGGGACAGAAUGUAGAGACUCUUGCAAAGACUAGAACUCGCUCUAGUAAACGAAAUGCAUGUAUGAAAAGUGAGAAGGUUUUAACUGAGCUAAAUAGUAAAAAUAACGUAACUGGGAGUAAGGAAUUGGCUGCAGAUGCUUCUGUUUGUGGUGAAGCAGAGUGUUUUCCUGAUGGCAUUGAUCACAGCAAAGACGACCUAUGCAAUAUGUUUGGUUGCUGGAGCUGCCUUUUCAUUAAAUCCCUCAAUUCGGGGUGCAUUCAGAAUAUUUUGCAGCUGAGAUUGGACUAUGUUCACCGACACUACCUUGUGUCACUUCUUUUAAAAAAAGCUAGAGCCUUGGGAUCUCAUAGCAAUGGGGACUGUGAAGUUCAUAGUGUCUAUUGGAAGUGCAUAUCACUGCUGUUCUUCAGGUCCCUUCCACAAGAUUGCUGUAGGACUUAUGGGCCUUAUUUAAUUGGACUAAUCAUGGAUAGGAGCAUUGGUGAUUUUCUUCCUUUAGAGUGUGCAGAAAUACUAUUCAAUAUGAGCUUCUUCUUGCUAAAAAGCCCCCUUUCUGAACAGUCAAGGGACAUCUGCUGUAUCUUCUCUAGUGUAACAAUGGCAGACGUUGUCCCCUGGUUGCUCAAAGCUUUUGUUCUAUCCAGAGAGAGCCCCUCACUUGUUCAGGAGGUUUGCAAGUUACUUGCAUGCAUAUUCUUGCUAUCAACUACAGAUUCCUCAAUUCAACUGCCUUUGGGUUCUCAUAAAGAAUCUCUUUCUUUGAAUCACUGGGCCACAUACUUCCAUCAAGUUUCUGUGGGAACUAAUCUCAAUUGUCAUUACUUUGCUAGCUUACAAGCAUCGUCCGAGGAAAAGGUUCCAAAGGACACCUAUAAAGAUUUCAGAAAUGAGACAGAUGACAAUGUCUCGAAAUUUCUCAGGUUGUCAUCAAGGGACAUCAAAUAUAUUGAGAAACAUAUGACAGAAUUCUUCCAAAAACUUCCUGAUGUACCAGUUCUGUGCAUUAGUAUGCUUGGAGGUGAUUAUGUUAAUGCCCUUCUGAAAUUCCAUUGCCAUCCUCCGUUUUUUCCUGCUUGGAUGUUGCUUUCAAGGUUUGAUUCAACAAAUGAACCCACAACAUUGCUUCUUCCAGUGGAUUCUAUUUCAGAAAUGCAAUUUGAAGAUUCCUGCACCAAAGAUUUGGGCAAUCCAACGAGAGUUUUAGAUAAGUGGCAAUGCCCUUGGGGCUAUGGAAUUACUGACUAUGUAGCCCCAGUUUUUAGAAAUAUACUCGAGGAGAAUUUUAUGUCCCUCUCCAGCGCAACCCUUACUAUUGAUGAUGUAAAUGCAGAUCGUGUCAGGUGGUGGUCCCAUAGAAUGAAGCUCAACAAUUACCUUGCUAACACAUUGAAAGACAUUGAAGAUUCUUGGUUUGGACCCUGGAAAUGCCUUCUGUUGGGCCAUCAAUUAUCUGAUGAACACAUUGAGACUGCCUCAUCAAUGAUUAUCACUGGUCUGGAUACAGAAUUCGAAUUUGAAGUCAAUCCAAUGCUCAUCAAGGCUAUCCUUGGUGGUGCUGUGUCAGUGGAUGAAGUACAAGAAUGUUUUCUCCAACUCAUUUUGUAUAAAGGUUACUUUGGAAGGGGAGGAUGCUGUGGGAAAGAUAGACUUAAAGCUUUCUCUUCCUGCCAAAUGGAUGAUGGAUCUAUGGAGACACUCAAACGUAUAAUAACGGAUGCAUCAUAUGAGUUGCCUCAGCCAGCUGAUAGAGAUCCAGUUAUUUUAGUUCUUGAUGUCAAUGUUCAGAUGCUUCCUUGGGAGAACCUGCCUGUACUAAGGAAUCAAGAAAUUUAUCGCAUGCCGUCAAUGGGUAGCAUCUUUUUAGCAUUAUCUCGAACCAAUAAUGAUUACAAAGAUCACAGUUCUCCUUUUCCUGUCAUCGAUCCUUUCAAUACAUAUUAUCUGUUGAAUCCUAGCGGUGAUCUGAGUAGCACACAAGAAGAAUUUGUUCAGUUAUUCAGAAACUAUGAGUGGAAGGGAGUGGCUGGGAAUUCUCCGAAGGCUGACGAGCUGGUUUUGGCCUUGACAAAUCAUGACCUAUUCCUGUACUUUGGGCAUGGAAGUGGAACCCAGUAUAUUUCUAGUAAGGAAGUCGAAAAGAUAGAUAACUGUGCAGCUGCUCUUCUUAUGGGAUGUAGCAGUGGAACACUUCAUUGCAAAGGAAGUUAUGCUCCUCGAGGGGCCCCAUUAUCAUAUUUAUUUGCUGGUUCCCCUGCUAUCAUUGCGAAUCUCUGGGAUGUUUCAGACAAGGACAUUGACAGGUUUAGUAAGGCUUUGCUCAAUUCAUGGUUGCAUGACAAAUCUCUAGAUGGCAACAAUUGUUCAAAAUGUUGCCAGCUAACAAUGGAGCUUGAGUCCAUGAGUAUUGCUUCCAAGGAAAAUGGUAAAGCAAGACGACAAGGCACACGAGGAAAGAAGCAACAACAUAUAAAUGAUAGUACCAAGUGCUGCAGCUGCAAGCAGAGGCGAAUAGCUUCAUAUAUAAGUGAAGCUAGGAGGGCUUGCAGGCUUCCACUUUUGAUAGGCGCAUCUCCUGUGUGUUACGGCGUGCCUACAAUCAUUAGGAAGAAAGUAAUGACGGAUUCUACCACGAGAGAGAUGACCUAAAAGUGUGGUAGUAUCGGCAUGGUAUUGGUGACUAUUGAUAGUGUGAUCUAUGGCGUUGAUGGAGUUGGCACGAAAGUGUGCCAGCUCAAAUGCACUGACUAAUUUAUGCUUUAUACCCAGUGCUUGGACGCAUGGUCUUGCUGGACGACCUGCAGUGGGCGUGCACCUAUUGGUAUUCCAGAGCUGUAACGAGUGUAUAUUGAAGUAAAUGUUCUGUACAAUGGCGCUGUACAUAACUGUAAUGUCACUGGAGCAUCACUUAGAGAAAGUAUGUUGAGGCUAUUGAUUUCAAUUGUAUAACGUGUACUAUAGUUUUGUCCAGGAACAUAGAGAAUGCAUGUUGAGGCAGUUAAUUUCAAUUGUAUAAAAUGUGUACUACAGUUUUGACCCUUGUAAGUUACUUAUAAGAAGCUGUUGUCUAUACUGUACUGAA